AUGAAGAAAGAAUCCAAGUAUUAUUUAGGAAGUUUACUGGCACCAUACUAUUAUGAACCUAAUUCCUAUAUUGAAUUGGAUCCAAAUGACAAAGCAUUUCUAUGUCCUCAAUUGAUUGACUUUAGCACUCCUAUUGGCUCAUUAAAAAAUGAAAAUAUAUCAACAUACAUUGUAACUAAGACCAAGCAUUUCAGAUAAUCAACUUUGGUUCUGAAAUAAAAAAAGAUUGGAAAACAGGUUCAUUACAAACCAUUAUAAAUCAAUGGAAGAAUUUCUCAUUGCUAUGAUGAAAUCUGGUGGUUUUUAUUAACAGUAGAUUAUGUUAAGGUAAUUGCAAGACAUGUGAAUUUCAAAUACCCAGACAAUUUAAGAUAAAUCAGACUAGACGUAUAUUUGAAAUAGAAUGCUUUAACUGAUUAAUUUGAUCUAUCCAAAUUCAAUCAAAAGGCAUUCUAAGACGGCUUCGUGAGCAGGGAAAGAUUUUCAUAUGCCGAAUCAGAAGAGGAUCUCAAUGUAGACUUACAAUACUUUGCUCGUUUAUCACUUCUGCUCCUAUUCGAUUUGCUAAAUCUCUAAAGAACAAUACCAGCAAUGAUCAAAUCAGACAAGUACGUUAAGAUAUUUUUUACUUAAUUGGAGAAAUUUCAUUCCCUUCAAAUGGGAUAACCUCUUAGACUUGAUUUAACUUUCAAGGAUUUUGCAAGAGUCAUCAUUACAAAUAAUGAAUACUAUAGGAAUUCAUUGUAAAAUUCAGCUUUUUCUAAUAAAUUAUAUUCUCUGAAAGACUUUAAAAGUUCCUGCUUGUUUUUAUCAAAAAAUAAAUAUUACACUAAUGAAGAGUCCUAAUUUGCUCCAGUCCAAUAGGAUGUACCUAUUUACUAGAAUGUAUACUUUAAAAAAUACAUGAAUACCCUAUUGCUAGAAAUACAGAAGUUUAUAUCUACAUCGACUAAACAUGUCCCUGAACCAAAACAAUAGAAUUAUUAGAAGUAUUGUUUUGAGUUGUUGUUUCUCAAAUUGAGUUGCACUUACCAAUCACUUUGUCAGGGAUUUCAUACUCAUCAACCGAGUAUUGAUAAGCUUAAUGAAUUGAGAUACAAAGUGGAUAAUAUUGAAUAAUUGAGUGUCAAGACAUUCCCAUCACUUAAUGCUGAAAAUUCAUCAUUAUACAAAGAAGUUUAAAACCCAUUCAUCCAGGUCAUUGUGGGAGGGAUCACUCAUAAGAAAGACAAAGAAUACUUUGAAUUAUAGAUUUCUUCAGGGAAUUUAUGUGAUUGUCAAAAAUAUUAGCAAUAAUUAAAGUAGUUGGACGUCAAUAGAAGAGAACAAGUCUAAAAGAUGAUAGAUUUUUGUACAGGGAAAUUAAAAUUGUCUGAAGAAAUCAAUGAAAAUGAAAUUAAUUCAUUUUUAAAUAGUAAAGAUUAAGAAUUGUAUGAACACCCUAAACCUAAAACUAUGGUUUGCGAAUUGAAACAACAUUAGAAAUAAGCCUUAACUUGGAUGUUAUGGAGAGAAGGCAUAAUAUCUAAUCCAAAAAAUUAAGAUGCCAAAGAUAACAGUUAAUGGUAAUUGUCUCCGUUAUGGGAGGAGGUUCUUUUAGAGAAUGGUAAAAAAUUAUAUAUGAAUACCUUUACUGGAAAAAUCACCGAUGAAUUUUAAUCUUAUAAUUUAACCAAGGGAGGAAUUCUUGCAGAUGAAAUGGGAUUAGGUAAAACUAUCAUGACUUUGGCUUUGAUUUUGCAAACCUAAAAAAAAGGAAGAGUUACAUUAAUCAUUGUUCCUAAAUCUGUUUUAUUAUAAUGGGAAGCUGAAAUCAAAAAACACUCUUUACCUAAUAGUCUUUAGGUUUUGGUAUUCUAUAAGAUUUCGAAUAGAAAUAAGAAGGUUGUUUUCUCUAAUUAUGAUGUUAUUUUGACUACUUAUACAGUUGUAGCAUAGAAUUAUUCUAAUUGGCUUAAAGACAAUGGAUUAGAAGAUAAUGAAAUAUAAUAAAGAGUAAGGACGAAACCUGAUAAUGACUCUAAAGACAAUAAAGAAACUAAGGAUCCAAAAGAUCUAAAAGAAUCAAAAAUUAGUAAUGACACUUAAAUCUUAAAUGAUAGUUUUGAAAUUGAAUUAGAUUCUCAAGAUUUCUGUUAGAACAACGAUUAGAGUGAAGAAUUCAAAUCUAUUUUUGACUUAAAAUAAUCGAAAUCUGAAAAAUCUUAAUACUUUGGAGAGCCUAUAGAAAUAAGUUAAAAUGAUUACGAAUGUGGAACAAAAACAAAGAAAAACCCUCAAGGAAAGGUCACCAAUAUAUUUGACUUUACAUAUUAUAGAGUCAUCCUAGAUGAAGCUCAUAACAUAAAAACUAAGAGCACUCUAUAAACAAGAAGUGCUAUGGCUUUGAAGAGUGAAUGCAGAUGGUGUUUGACUGGUACUCCCAUUUAAAACAAACAUGACGAUUUGUUUAGUCUGUUAUCGUUUUUGAGAGUGGAAACCUUUGGUGAAUAUUAUUGGUGGAAUGCGUAUAUCAACAAAGAAGAAAACGAGGAGGAACAACAAUGCAUCUUGGGAGAGAUAAUCAAACCAAUCAUUCUAAGAAGAACCAAAUAAUAGUUAAACAAUCAAAAUUUAUUAUAAAUAAAUGAAUCCAUCUGUUGGGUUAAACUAGAAAACAAGGAAAGAGCACUUUACGAUAAAUUUUUCGAGGGAACUUAAUAAUUGUUCAAAGUUUAUUUAAAUUCUGAAAAAAGCAGAUAAUUUGUCCAUAUCUUUCAAAUUAUAAAUAAAUUAAGAAUGACUUGUGAUCAUCCCUCAAUAGCCUUAAAAGGGAUUAAUUUAGAUACAAAUUCUAUUGAUGAAAUUAAAUAUUGCAUCGAAAACUUUUUUGCCAAAUAAAAAUCAAGCGAUUAAGAAAUUUCAGAGAAAUAACGAUAACAAUUGAUAGAUCUAAUAUAAAGAGGAAAUUUAAAUGAUUGCACACUCUGUUCUGAAGAUGGAAUCACUACAUUUGAUAUCUCUAUAUGUGGGCAUGUCUAUUGUCAUAAUUGUUUUAAAGAAGUUAUUGAAACCAUUGGGGAAUGUCCAACCUGUUCUAAAAGAUUAUCCUUGAAAGACAUUAUGAGUGUUUAGAGUAAUUCUACAGAAGUUUAAGAAAUCAAAGAAACAAAGUGGGGACCUAGUAGUAAAAUGCUUGCUGUUGUUAAUGAAACAAAAAAGGUACAACUCAAAAGAGAAAAGUGUCUAAUCUUCACCUAAUGGAUAGAUAUGAUUAGAUUACUUGAAGAAAAGUUUCAAGAAGAAGAGAUAUGGUGUUAAGUAGUUACAGGAGCUAUGUCUGUAGAACAAAGAAAUAAAGUUAUUCAAUCAUUCGAAUAGCAUCCUGCCUUUACAGCUUUAAUAUUAUCUUUGAGGGCCACGUCCACUGGAUUAAAUUUAACAAUGGCCAAUCAUGUUUUCUUGGUUGAUCCAUGGUGGAAUCCUGCCAUUGAAGAUCAAGCCAUCGGGAGAGCUGAUAGAAUCGGAUAGAAGAAAUAAGUUAAUGUAAUUAGAUUUCUGUGUGCAAAUACAAUUGAAGAAAAAAUUAAUUUAUUGCAUUAGAAGAAAAAGAAGAUGAUAAGGAAAGUCAUAGCAAAUGAUUAAAAAAAAUCAUCAGACAUUGAUGACUUUAAGUUUUUAAUCUUUGAAUAACCAAAUAUGAUUUGA